AUGCGAGUCAACAUAGAGGUGGAUGCAGGAGAAGCGAGAAUGGAGAACGUUUGAUUCGACUAGGCGUGAUUUACCUAAAAGUGGUUCACGUAGGUCUGCUGGCAAUGCGGUGCCAGGACUGUUUGCGGGAGCAACACAAGAGGCUCCCUCAGGUGAUGAACAGUUGACAAAAAACUGCCCGGUUCAAAACUCGACAAGUCAUACGUUAGAGUAGUGUAAGAAGUCUAAGGAACUGCACACUCUUGAGAAAGAGAAACUCGUUUAGGAACAUAUACAAACUUUGCCUGUCUUGUCUAUAACCGGGCCAUCGGCUGAACAAAGGCAAUGCUAAGAAAGCAUGCAAAGUUGAGGGCUGUGCUAUGCGUCACCAUAAUCUAGUUCAUGAGGUUGACUUGAACAUUAUUGAGGGAUCAAGAGCCAGAAAGCAGAAAAACUGGCAGUGGGUGAAGGAGACCAGAAACCUUUUGUUCCGUAGGGUGAUAACAAACCUCUAAAUCUGUCAGAGAAAUCGCUGGAGCAGUCACGCUGGAGCAGUGUCAUCACUCGGUGUGUUUAGGCUGUGAGGUUGGCGGUCGUGCGUUGGUUGAGGUGCUGCCUGCGGUUCUGUUCUCAGAUAAAGGCGGGCAACAAGUUAUGCCGUUGCGUGACUCAGGAUGUAACACAACACUUAUGGAUGAAGAAUUGGCUCACUCACUUGGUCUUAAGGAACAUAAAGAAUUGCCUUAUUGCUAGAGUUGGAAGAGAAGGGGUGAAGUACGUAUUGAGAGAUGUUAAAACCUUUCCUAACCAACGUGGUCCGGACCAGAAGAUAAAGUGGUCGGCAAUUAAACAGAACUUUAGCCACCUGAAAGACUUGGACUUAAAGGAAACAGACACGCGUCCAGUGCAACUGAUAAUAGGAAACAACAACUCAGAUUUGAUUCUACCAAUGCAGAUUUUGAAACCUUCAGGACAGUCUCAUGCUGACAAAGUACCAUACGCAGUCGAGACACCUCUCGGUUGGGCAGUCAACAACUGGUUACCCGGUGAACAAAGAGUGGCAUCACCAUAA